AUGCUUGUGUCAAAGCUGUUUCUGGCUGCGGCCACUUUGUCGACUUCUAGUACCGCGCGCUCUGUUCUCCAGGAUGGGGUGCAAGAGGUACUUGGAGAGGACAAGGCGUCUGAUUUCCAGUGUGACCUCACGUCGUCCCUCGACCCUUCGAGAGACGGACUGCCCGCGGCGCGAGAGUUGUUUUCUGGCGACAAGGGUUUGAAGCUGCAGGUCCAAAGACACACCGGAAUCGUUCAGAUACCGUCCAUCUCGUACGAUGACAACGGGGAGCCAGGGGAGGAUCCGAGAUGGGACGUGUUCUACACCCUACACAAGGCCUUUGCUUUGAUAUAUCCCAAUCUCCAUCUUCGAAUGGCCCGCGAGACCGUCAACACCUUUGGUCUAGUAUACACAAUUACGGGAAAAAAUCCUUCUCUCAAGCCUCUAAUGCUGGCCGCACAUCAGGACGUGGUCCCAGUGGCGGAUGCUUCUACCUGGAAGUACCCGCCCUUCUCUGCUCAUUUCGACGGACAAUGGUUAUGGGGCAGAGGCGCGGCAGAUGACAAGAACAGUCUGACCAGCUUGAUGUCUGCCCUCGAAGCACUGCUGUCAAACCCCUUGUGGAUACCUAAGCGUACUAUCAUUCUUGCCCUUGGGUUUGAUGAAGAAUGUUCUGGACGCCGAGGUGCUGGCACCAUAGGUCCAUAUCUGGAGGAAUUGUAUGGCCCAAACUCAAUGGCAUUGAUUCUCGACGAGGGUGGCAUGGGGUUGGAGCUGCUCGGCAAUGACACGCUCUAUGCCCUCCCCGCGGUCAUGGAAAAGGGUCACGUCGAUAUUUGGUUGGAGCUACAUGUGAACGGCGGACACUCAUCAAUCCCGUUCCCACAUACAGGUAUCGGCAUGAUGUCUGAGAUUGUCAGCCAGCUUGAAUCACAUCCAUGGGAGCCAAAGCUUAUCAAGGACUCCCCGAUUCAUAACCACUUUGUCUGCCAGGCGAAAUACUCACCUGAGGCCGACCCUAAGAUCACUAAGCUAAUCAACAAGGGAGACCUGCAAGGUCUAGCUGAGGAGCUUGUCACGAUCGACCGAGCUACCCAAUAUCGCAUCCAGACUUCACAGGCGAUAGACUAUUUCAUUGGCGGAGUGAAGAUCAAUGCCAUGCCCGAGUCUAUCCGGAUAGGGGUCAACCACCGCAUUGCGCCGCAGGACUCGAUACCCAAGGUCAAAGCGAACAUCCUGGAGCAGAUCAAGCCCAUUGUGAAGAAGUUUAGCCUGAAAGUCAGUGCGUUUAAGGGCGAAGAGCUGAACCCAGAUUUUAAGUUGGACGAAAGCCUGGAAGAUGGCCAAGUAAACCCGAUGUACGAGGUUGACUACAACGGCACGCUCAUCUUGACCUCGUCCCAACGCACCCAGGUCGCUCCCAUCUCGCCCACAUCCGGUCCGGUCUGGGACGUGUUCUCAGGCACCGUUCAGCACACGUUCGCUUUUUAUGGUGGAAAGGUUGUUCCUGUCGGAGAGCUGAUGACUGGCAAUACUGACACUCGUCAUUACCUCAACUUAACCCCAAAUGUCUACCGCUGGACGCCAGUUCGCCAGGGCCACUCGCUCAAUGGGCAUACCGUGGACGAGCGCGUCGAUAUGUAUACACACCUGGAGAUUGUGAGCUUCUACUACGAUCUGAUCAGGAAUUUCGAUGCAUCGGAUGCUGCCGCUGUCGAGAGCAAUAAGCCAAAAAACUGA